UUUGGUGAAGUGGAGUUUAUGUGCUAAAACAUUUUUAUGUAGUGUAGAAGCAUUAAAAUUAACCAAAAAUGGAGAAAAGAAAGGAAUCUUUAAGUGAUAUAAAACUGUGUAGAUUUUGUUUAACUCAGGACUCGUCAUUAACCAGUUUAUAUGAUCGAAGUCGGGACCCCAUAUUGGUGACUCUUCCUUUGAAAAUAAUGGCAUGUGUUUCUAUCGAGGUAUUUCCAUCAGAUAAGAUGCCCUCCUAUAUCUGUGAGCGGUGCAGGGUCUUCAUGGACAUUUGUUACGACUUCAAACAAAUUUGUCGGCGGGCUGAUGAGUCAUGCCUACAGUUUGUCCAAAAUGGGGUCCCUAUCAGUGCUGUCAAUUGGCCUGCUUCACUUACAAAGAUAUUUCAACUGACGAAAAAAACAGCACCUAGGCCAAUCAACACUGUAGUAGAAGGAGGGGCAACAAUAGCAGUCACAUCUCAACUAUCUCAAGACAUGUCCGAAAAUGAUAAUGAAGAGGAAGAGACGUUUAAUAUAAAGAUUGAUGCUUCUCAUGAUGGAUCCAAGCGUAUCAAAGUAACACCCAGUGGAGACAAAGAAAGUUCGUCUGCUAAAAAAGCAGGAUUUUCGACCGUGUCUAAAUUAUCGCGGCACGUUAGGGCGCACGCCGGCGACCGGGCGUUCCCGUGCAAAUACUGCAGCAAGAGCUUCGUCAAGUCGCAUCACUACACCAGGCAUCUCCGCUUGAAACACGAGGAGCAAACGCGGCAAUCGCGCGGCGUCGACGCCGAGUUCCGCUGCGAGCAGUGCACCGAGAGCUUCGGCACGCAGGACGAGCUGUACUACCACUCGGCCAUCCACGCCACGCAGAACCUCACCUGCCCGCUCUGCCAGGAGAAAUUCGAGAACGUCGACGCGGUCACCACGCACAUCAGGACGCACGUCAACGGAAUAGAGUUUAUGUGCGACUACUGCGAGCUGGUGUUUACGUCAAAGGAGAAGCUAGACGCUCACAUGACUGCAGCGCACGACGACGAGACCUGGCCGGGCAAGGAAAUGGACGAAUCGUCGCUGGAAGCAGACGCGAUGGACGCAGAUGUUGAUGAUGACGACGACGACGGACUCAAUGUUAAAGAGGAAGGCGACCACAUGGUGGUAGAAAUUAAGAAAGCGGACGGUUAUAUGCUCAAAAAAGAUGUUGAAGUUGGACAACUCGUAACUACUAACUCGGAAGGUUCAGGUGUAAGUGUGUACACAGACAGCGAUGCGGUGGAUAGCGCGGAGCCGCCUCGAGAGGCGCCGCGCGAGCCCGCCCGGCGGCCGCCGCCCGCCACCAAGUCCGAGGCCACCUCCUCGCGCCUGCCUACCACUUCCGCUGCUAACGAGAGGAUAAGCAUUUUGCGCAAGGCUGAAGCAAUGAAACGAAAAGCAGUUGCAAAAGAAGAUUCUGAUGUCCCACAGAAGAAGGAGAGGGCUGCAAAGGUGGAUAGCACCACCAGCAGCGCCGGCUCCAGCGACAAAUCCCUGCGCAUGCUGGAGAAAGAACUACAAGAGCUGAAGAGGACUACUACAAGAGUUGAAGGCAAGCCAGUAAAAACAGCGGAAGCUAAGAGCAAACGGCAACCCGUCCAUACUUCGACACCAAAACUAAGAUCCGGCGACGAGAAGAAAGCACAAAGUACGCCCAAGUUCAACACAUCAGUGGAGAAGAAGUCCGCGGAGCGCCGCGUUCUAAACAAGGAGCCCAAAGAGGCAGUAGCCAGGAACACCGUCACCAGUUCCAAGGAUGACAAGAACGUCUCCAGCACCAAGGAGGACAAGCCCGCAGACCGCGAGGACUCCAAGAAAAACAGGGAAGAUGAAAACCAACCCGAGAAACCCAAGAUAACCGACAAAGCACCCGAGAAGGAAGACAAAGGCAGCAAGGAGGUCAAGGGCAAAGUUACCAAGGAGGACGUUCCUAGCUCCAGCAAGAACGAGGCUAGCUCCAGCACUAAGGCCGAGAAGAGCGCGCCUGCUAAGAAUGGGGAGAAGACGGUCAAGAAUGGUGACACGAGCGGCUCUGAAGACACCUCAAUACGGCGGUCAACUAGGCCGUCGAAAAUCAAAAACUACGCUAGUAUGAUCCGUGACAGAACACGAAUGAUUCGAGACGAGGAUGACGAUGAAGAAGUUUCGGAUAUGGAAGAAGAGUAUGUUGGACCAGAACCUGAUAGUCAAGAGCAGCCCUCGCGCAAGAGCCUAGGGAAGCGGCAGAAGGCUGCGACGCCCGCGCCGGCCGCCAGCACGUCGGUCACGCCCGCCGCGCGCCGCCGCGGCCGCCCGCGCAAGGAAGCAACUCCAAAGGAAAGCGUUGAAGACGCGGAAGUAGAAACCCCAACGGUUAAGGAAGCUGAGAAGAAGCCAGAGGAACCCACCAAAGAACCGGAACCUGAACUUGAACAAACUAAUAAAGAAAUUCCUACUGAAGUGAAGGCAACGACGCCAGCCACGAGCACCGAGUCGCAGGUGAAUACGCUAAUGUCACCCACUGGACAAACGUUGAAAAAGGUGCCGGUUAAAGCCUUACCGCCAGGAGUUAAGCCUUUGCCGCUGCCACUUAACGCCAGACCAGGCGAUCUGUGUCAAAUGCAAAUUGGAAAGAAAAUGGUGAAGGUGCAGAAGAUCGUCAUGACCAAAGCGGAAGUUGAAGCGAUGGCCAAGAAAGGUCUAUUGGAGUUAAAGGAUGGGACCAUGGUGCUGAAGCAGGGCAUCAAGCUGCCGGGCGGCGACCCCGCCGUGCUCCGGUCCGGCCUGGUCAGCCAAGGAGGUGAGUGACGCGCGAUACGACAAGUGUCAGCCACUCCAACGCGGUGUAACUUUGAGGGCGGUGAAGCAUAAUGACUUGUUCAAUGACCUAAAUAAUUUUAUUAAUGAUUUCCUAGCGUAACAUCAGCUCUAGAAAACAAUAUCGUAUGUGUACCACUCUCGAUGUGAUUCUAAAUUAUGAAUUUGCAUCUUAUUACGUUAGGCUCUUAGAUUAUGUUAUUUUAUAAUUAUUAGUUGAUUUUCCAAAAGUAUUUUUGUUUAAAACUACAAAUACCCUUUUAGACUGUGUGAAUCUUACUCUGAUGGGAGAUAUUUGAAAGUGUGAACGUUUCAUACACAUAAUUAUGUAUGAUAAAUGUUAAAUACUAAAUAACAUAAUCAAUAAUCGUAGGGAUCUUACGAUCAAUAUUAAUACACACUAUAUUUCUUAUAGAAAAAUCUACGCAUCAAUAAGUAAUCUCAAAGCAACUUUUUAACUUGAAUUCAGUAUUUAUUACAUUAUUUAGUUCUUUUAGUUUUGCGACUGUAAUGUAAAUGUUCAUAUUGACAGUUCCUUGGGCAGGUUUUGUUGAACAGAGUGCAAACUACAACAUCGAAUUUGAGUUAUAAGCCUCUCUUUCUCUAACUGGAGGAAUAUAAGGCAAUAACGGGUUGAUGUUCGUAGUAGGCCUCAAUCAAUAAUCAUUAUACAAGUCGAUAUAAUUGGCUGUUUUUAAUGAAUAUCUUUCAUAAAUGUCAACUAUCUUAUUUACCGGGGAUAUUUAGGUGCAGAAAUGUAUGGACCAAUUAUUAUGGAUAUAGUUUUAUCCGAGGCUAGGUCGCUUGGCGUGAGGUCAAACAAAGCUGAAUGCACUCUGUAGCCCAGAGUUCGUGCACUUUCUAUAGCCAAAAAGAGGGGAGGUCUAACCUGUACUUUAUUACUGCCUGGCCCCGUAUCCGAAUGGAGAAAUGUUGUCUGGCUCUGUCGCGCCAAUACGCAAAAGCGAUAGAGAUAGAUUGCAUUUCUGCGGCGUUUGGCGUCGCAGAAUGCCAUUGGGCUACGGGGCCGGGUCUUAUCAUUUCAUUGCCGAUCUUUUUAGGGGCUAGGCGCGGCACAAUCUCUUGGAUACUGGACUAAAUCAGCGUUUCACCUAAAGAACAAGCUUGCCCCGCGGCGUGGUCUGACAUAAAAGGCAUAGUUACUGCACUUAACUUGAUGGUCUCAAUAUGAAAUAAGUAAAGUUCAGGAAUCUGUAAUCGAAUAAAUUAAGGAUUCAUAUUAAUGCAAAAUACCUAAUUAUUUCAAUUACUAUGUAAAACAUGGAAUAUUUUAGUUAUGUACUUUAUAUUACGUACAUUCAUUUGUUUAGAUAGUAAGGAUGACGAUGGAAUAUAAAUAAAGGUGCAUGCUGCAACAA